AUGGGCGGCGCGAACAUCGCGCUCCCCGCGGACCGCGCCAAGUGGGAUCCCGACGGCGAGUUCAUCCCUUUGUGCGAGCGAGAGCAGUUCUAUUCGCACACGCUCGGCCGUCGACGCGACCUGAUCAGAGACCACGCCGAGCUGCUCGAGGCGGACUUUCAGAACGCAAAGGUGGCGGGCGAGAUCCCGUCGGACCAUCCGGGGGACAACGAGGUGGAGAUGCAGGACGUGUACGCCGAGAUGUUCUACGAGGCUGAGCGCCUGGGACUGACUCGCGUCGCCGAGGCGAGGGAGAGGGAGGCGAACUUGUGGGGCGGCGGCCCGAACAUCGACGUCUGCGACAGUUUCCUGAUCCAACCUCACAGCAAGGAGGACGACAGCCUGGUCCAGAGGAGCGACCUGCCGUCUGAGCAGUGGUUCUUCGACGAGGACGACCCCGAUGGCAACUUGCUGCCCACGCCGGCACUCCCGCGGACGGGCUGGACGUGGACAGGCCCGACGGGAAAGGAGAGGAACGACGCUUAG